AUGGCUGAGGUUCGUGGGAAUGUCCCGGAGGCGAUCGUUAAGUUCGAGGAGUCGAUCGUGGCGCAGUCGGAGUGGCGUCAGUUCCACCACCUGUGCUACUGGGAGCUGAUGUGGUGCCACGCCUUCCUCGGAGACUGGCUCAUGGCAGCGUCUUACGCAGAGAGGCUCUUCAACGAGAGCAAAUGGUCAAAGGCAUGUUACAUGUACCAGCGGGCAGCCUUCUUGGUCAUGUGCGAGGACCAGACAGAAGACAGCAGACGGAAUCUCCUCAGUCUCUUCAGACAGGUGCCCGUUCUGAAGCAGAGGAUCGCGGGAAAGUCACUCCCAAUCGAGAAGUUUGCAGUCGACAAGUCUGCUCGAUACGAGGAGCACCAGUCGCUCAUCCUGCCAGGAUAUGAGCUGAUCUACGUGUGGAACGGGUUCACCAUCCUGGGGAGGUGUAGGGCCCUGGUGGAGCCUGUGCUUGCAAGGGUGGAGGCUACACUACAGGAGCUGGAUAGAGAAAAGGACUCCACCCCCCUGUACUACGAUGACUGGUGCCUGGCCACAGUGCUGAAGGGGGUUUGUCUGAAGUAUCUGGACCAUCCCACUGAGGCAGAGGGGUGCUUCCAGGAGGUAGUCAAAUGUGCGCCCCAGAUCCAGAAUGACCAGUACCUGCCUGCCUACGCCUGUGCAGAGCUGGGGUUUCUCUACCUGCAGCAGAGCAGACUUCAGGAGGCAAAACACCACCUGGAGAAGGUUCUGACCCAGUACCGUGGGUACCGCCUGGAGUCCCGGCUGCACUUCAGGGUGCAGGCUGCCCUGUCAGCUGUCACUGUUGCCAUGGCGAGGGCAGACACGCCCGCCGCAGCUCCCAGGGAAGCAGACGUGCGGAGAACAUGA